AUGCAGUACAAAUUAUGUGUUCAAUCAGAUUAUCCUCAUCACUACUACAAAAUACACAAACCAAACGUUUCAGAACCAUAUGUAUCCCCACAUUUAAACAAACAGUCAAUCGUAAUCGAUUCCAAGACAGGGGCUCGUAAAUCCCCUUUCACAACUCGGUUCACUCUAAAGUUUUCUGACGUACGCACUAUGAAGAGUUUGUUCGAAAAGGGUUUGGAGACUUCGCGCUUUCAACCCUGUUUGGGACGACGUUUUAGUCGAAAUGAAACAUAUACUUGGUUAACGUAUAUAGAAGUAGAUGAUAAAAUACAAGCAUUUGGAUCAGCUUUAGUGAAAGUUGCUUGUCAUAUUCCAUGGAGUGAUAAUUGUGUUGGUAUUUGUGGUCGGAAUUCACCCGAGUGGUUUAUUGCGCAGCACGCCUGUGCAGCCUAUGGUUUUCCAAUAGUUCCUAUCUAUGCAACUUUAGGUGAUGAAGCCAUUGAACAUAUCCUUAAGCUAACUGAACUACGUGUUGUUGUAUGUGACUCGGGUGAAGAAAUUUGCCAUAUAUUAGAAAAAUCCUCUUCCUUAAUCAAUUUAGUGAUUGUAGUAAAUGAUGGUCCUAAAGUCGCAGAAGCGAAGGUCCGAUUUUCAUCAAAUGUGAAAAUUUAUUUAUUCGACGAAUUUUUAGCUAUUGGACUUAAAUACCAUAUUCCAAAAACCGAUCCUAAACCAGACGAUUUAUAUAUGAUCUGCUUUACCAGCGGAAGCACAGGUUUACCAAAAGGUGUGAUGAUCGAACACCAACAAAUUGUCGAUGCAGUCUUUGGAAUCAUUGAAAGUACUGAAGAGAAGUGCUGUAAUAAAUUAUCAACACAUCUUUCAUAUUUACCGUUUGCUCAUAUCAUGGAGCAAGUAAACUCUUCUGUUGUCAUUCUCGAAGGGGCUAAAAUUGGGUUCUUGACAAGUACUGUCGAUGGACUACUCGCUGAUUGUGAAAGUCUGAAGCCAACUGUAUUAACUACUGUUCCACGUGUUUUAUCCCGUAUUUAUACCAAGUAUUAUGAAGCCAUCGAAGGAUCAGCUCUAAAAACUCGUUUGGUUAAUCAUGUAAUAAAACAAAAGCUUGGUGAACAAAAACGGGGGAAAUUUAAUCAUCAAACUCUUUUGGACACUCUCUGCUUUAAAAAACUUCGCCAAGCUCUUGGUGGACGUAUUUGUGGAAUAAUAACAGGCGGUGCUCCUUUGAUGCCCGAGAUUACACAGUUUAUGCGUGCUGUAUUUAAUGGACUUAUUGUCGAAGGCUUUGGUUGCACAGAGACUAUGGGAGUUGUAACGGUAUCUUUAGUCGGAGAAUUUCGCAUUGGUGCUUUGGGUGCAGUUGCUUAUGGUGUAGAAGUCAAAUUGGUCGACGUAUUAGAUUUAGGUCUUGUUGUCAAAAGAGAUAAUCGAGGAGAGAUAUGUGUGAAAGGUAAGCGAUGCACCAAAGGCUAUUACAAAGAUCCUCAAAAUACAGCACUGCUAAUUGACUCAGAUGGUUGGUUACAUACUGGAGAUAUAGGAGAAUGGACCUCAGAAGGUUCAUUGAUGUUGGUUGAUCGCGUUAAAAGUAUUUUCAAGUUGGCUCAAGGUGAAUAUGUAGCGCCAGAAAGACUGGAAGCACUUUAUCAAAGUUGUAGUCUAAUUAGUCAAAUUUUUAUUGAUGCCAAUCCUAAAUCCACUUAUCCUGUAGCUGUAAUAGUGCCAAACUUCGAAGAAUUACGCGAAUCACUUAGCAAGACAGACCCUGGAUUGGUUAAUUUAUCCGAUCAUGAUUUAUGUCAACAUGAAACUAUUCAUCGAAAAUAUUUAAAUGUUUUGGAUCAAAUUGCCAAUCAAAGAUUUCUGAAAGGAUUUGAAAAAUUGAAGAAAAUCCAUCUGACUGAUGAAACUUUCACAAUAGAAAAUGGGUUGCUCACUCCAACACUCAAGAUUUCCCGAUACAAAGCCAGAAAGGUAUAUUCCGAAAUUAUAAACAGAUUAUGUGACGAAAUUAUGUCUACGGAAAAUCAUAAAUAG